AUGGAAAUAUACGUUCACUUACAAAAAAAUAUCUACAAUGAGGAAAAUGUGACUAUCUUAAAUGCCUUCUGUAAAGAAAAACUAGACGACCAUCUCGUAAAUGAAGAAAUUGUUGAAUUUCUGCAGAAAGCGUUUUUCCUGUAUGAAUAUUUUAUUAAAGAAAAAAAAAACAUCAAAAUUAGCAAAAAGGAAUUCAUUGAAAAUGUAUGCGACUGCUGCAGAAGAAUAUUUUUAAAAAAUAUUAUAAAACAUGAAAAAGAAAUUUUAGAUUUUUUGCUAAAAAAUUUAAUCAACUUUAUUAACCAGCGUUCCUUCUUCGGCAUUUAUCAGUCACUAUACAACAUAUCGCAGUAUCAAAAUAAAAACUUCAGAAGGGCGAGCGAAUAUGCAGACGGAAAGUUCCAGUUGCUGCUUAACGUUGUGCGGAGGGAAGUAAUCGGGCGGAGUUUACUCGUUAAUGAUAACAGGUUCAAUUUGGACGCACUUUUUCUUCCAGACGAGAAUGACGAGAAGGAGAUGAGGGAGUACUUUGCUGGUAUAGCGACAAGUGCACAGCUAGGGAGCGGGGCAGCCAUGAAGGGAAGCGGCAAGGAGGGGGAGGCUGCCAUGAAGGGAAGCGACAAGGAGGGAGAAGCAACCAUGAAGGGAAGCGGAAAGGAAGGAGAAUCAACCAUGAAGGGAAGCGGAAAGGAGAGAAAAAAGGGCACGAUAUUAAAAAGCAUAGACGGCCGUGAUGGUGGUGACCAGGCGGGAGAGACGUGGCCACAAGGAACGACCGCAGAAAUGGAGUGCCUAGACAAAGAACUGAGUUGCUUCUACCUGUUCCUGUAUUUCCAAUCAUGCUUCGAAAACAUCAAUUUUUACUUAAUAGAAAAAUUUAUCGAAAAUUAUUACAUUAACCAAGGCAAGGAGAACAUCUACAAGGAGCUAUUUCUGUUUUUGUUUUUAAUUUACAAAGAUAAGAUGCACAGCGUUGUGGAUGGCAUUUUGGUCAACACGAUAAAUUAUUUAAAUUACCUGUUCUACUUCGAAUUGCUUAUAAGUAUUAUCACCUUCAAAAAUCUGCAGUAUGAAAAUAAUUACGAAUACUAUAUACACAUGCUGAAGUUACUUUACGAAAAUGACCAGUUGCAGGAAUUAUUCACAUCGUCGCUGUUUUUCGUUUUUAUUAGUGCCGAAGAUGGCAAUGUCAGAAAUAUGUUGCUAGCCAAUUUUUCAAAAUACCAUUCGAGAAAGCAUCAACAUUUAUCGAAAUUUUUUAUUCACCUGAAGAAUGUGUUUCGUUUCAUAUACGAUAUGGAUAGUGACCACUUAGUUUACAACCACGCUACAUUUAACGGUGCACCUAUUGCCCCUUUUAUGCAACACACAGAGAGUGGGGAAAAGAGACAAGGGGAUUACAGCACUGGCGUGAAAAUGAAACAGGAGUACCUCCCCUUUGUGGCAGAUAAUAUACACAUAGACAAAUAUACAUGUGCAUUUUUUAAAGAAGGUUAUUACAUCAUUAGCAGGAGCAACACGGACUACUUCUGCCAAGCGACAAAUUUGUAUCUGUACAUUUAUGACCACAUAUUCAACAAGCUAAUAAACAUCAUUUACGAAAAUGAAAUGAAUUUAAAUGACGAAUUUUUUCAGAUCUGCGAACGUAUCCUCAGACCCUUUUUAUUUAUUUAUGUUGAAUUAUUUGACAACUUUUUGGAAAAAUUUAAAGAAAGAAUAUUCAACGAACGGUUGAUGCUGUCCUUUGCUUUUAUUAAAAAGUAUCUCUUUAAAAGUCUCUAUGAGAAGGCCUUCCAGCAGAAGGAUCUCUUCUACGUCAUUUAUCAAUUUUAUUUUUUGCUCUACGCUCUCAAGUACAACUUUCGAAAUUUUUUAACUGCUCUCGUUAUGACCAAGCGGAAGGUAACGCACCAACUGGACUUAUUCCUAAAACUCAAACUUCAGAAUAGCACAAAUCUGCUCAGCAAACCAGUACAUCGCGAUGGAGUUGGAAACGCUUUGCAAGACGCGCCGCAAGGGGAUGGAGAACACAACAGCAGCAGCGAUGGGGACGGCGCGCACGACUCCACCCGCGGGCAGGGGCCAAAAAGGAAGGACCAUGAAGGGGGUGACACAAAGGAGAAGUGUAAUAGGCAAAAAAUAAGACACCCAUCAGGAGACCACCCCGAGAGUGAACAGUCGGGAAACGACUUGCCAGAAAACCCAAAUGACAGUUCGCUCCAAAUCGUGGCGAACAGUUUGGAAAACCCGCACAGCAAUGAGGAGAGGGAAAAAAACAACAUAAUAAAUUUUUUCCAGAAAAAUUACUGGACAUUGAAAUAUUUUGAGGCAAACACGGAAAAGAAGCUAGAUGAGUUUUGCUCCCCUGAUUUUAACGUACCUCUAGUCAUGAAGGAGACGCCCAAGUUGAAGAAGCACAGCGUUGGCAGCAACCACACCGUUGGUAGCAACCACAGCGAUAAGAGAGGAAAGAGUACUGGGGAUGGGGGAAGCGCAGAUGGGCGAGAAGGGGCAGGCACCAAGGGGUACGACUCCACAAGGGAGCAAGACCAAAAAGGGAGAUUCGUGAAAAAGCUACACUCUUUUUUUGCCAAAAAAAAAGAAGUAGAUAAACUCAUCAAUGAGCUUUUUCUGAACAAUAAGGACAACGUGUACAGCAAAAUUUUAAAAACCAAUUUGGCCAUAAUAAAACAGCUAGCUAACAUCCGCAUGGAUGUACUGUAUCCCAUUUUUAACGCCAGUCUGGUGUUCCUAUUUGACGACUUUUAUUUUUUCAUCAUACAGAAUAUAAAGUUAGUAAUUGAAGAAGGAAAAAAAGUUUUCCAAUCAUAA